CAAUCAAUAAUGAUGAAUCUAAAGUAUGUUUCAACUUUGGUUCUGAUCGUUUUGGCCUUGUCCACUAUGAUUGCCACGGCCAAGAACAAUGAGCUCACACCAAUGAGCAUCAAGUUGGCACUCACUCAGGAUGUCACUCAAAUGCGUAUUACAUGGAAUACAAGGGCUCAUGGAUCUAGCCCAUUGGUGCUCUACGAUACACAGCCAUUCAAUACAUCCAACUUUGUCCGUCUGCCACAGUUGGAGGCCAACACCGAGCACAUCUACCAGGCGUUGGGCGGAGGCUGGAACGAGUACGUCAACACCGCCCUCCUCACCGGGCUGACCGCCUCUACCACCUAUUACUACUCGGUCGGUGAGAAGGAUGAGCUGUUCUUUAGCGACGUCUUCAACUUCACCACCGCCGCCACCGACUUUAACGCCGACGUCACACCAUUCUCCAUCGUUGUCUAUGGUGACAUGGGUAUCUGGGGCGGCAGCCAACAAAACAUCCAGCGUAUCACCGAGAGAGUGGAUGACUUCUCAUUCGCAUUCCAUCUUGGAGACAUUGCCUACGCUGACUUGACAAGUGGAUCCAAGGACCUUGGAAAUGAGACAGUCUGGAAUGAGUUCCUCGACAUGGUCAACCCAAUCACAUCUCACAUCCCAUACAUGGUGUGCCCAGGCAACCAUGACAUCUUCCUCGUGGACUUUGAUAUCUAUCGCCACACUUUCCAGAUGCCAUGCCCAGUCAGCGAUGCAUGGUACUCAUUCGACUAUAAUGGAAUCCAUUUCCUGUCGUAUUCCACUGAGCAUUUGGUCACCGACCUGUCGCCACAGCACAACUGGAUCGAGAACGACCUUAAGAACUACCGUAAAAAGAAUCCAGAUGGAUGGGUUGUAGUCAUUGGCCAUCGUCCAUUCUACUGCAGCACUGUCUGGGAUUACUGCAACAAGGAUACUUACAAGGGUAUGUCAAUGAUAGAUAGCUUGGAGCAUGUGUUCUACAUGUAUAAUGUAGACUUGUACAUCACUGGCCAUGCUCAUGCUUAUGAGCGCACACUGCCAAUGCUCAAGGGCAAGGCUGAGUAUGGCACUUAUGAUGCGCCAAGGGCCACCGUACACAUGGUCAUUGGAACAGGAGGUAACCAGGAGGGACCUGAUGGAGGCUGGGACGAGCCAGCGCCCGCAUGGUCCGUCGGUGAGCGUCUCCUCGACACUGGCUACGGUAUCUUUGACUUUACCAACAGCACUCAUCUCCAUUACAGCUUUGUCAAUGCCACUACCAACGAAGUUCGCGAUGAAUUCUGGUUGACCAAGGGUAACUGG